CAUCUUGUAUGAUUAUGGACCGCCCGGAGCUUUUGCAAAGUUGGUCUUUGGUUGAUUGCUAAUAUAAACCAGUCUCAUUGUAUUCAACAUGGACGUUGAAGAACAUAGUAGAAUUUUCUAGGAGUUGUGAUUAGAAAGCAGAGUUCUCUCAAUCAAAGGAUAGAGGAUCGGAUUAUAUGAGUUUUGACCGUCUUUUUCAUCUGCUUAUGAUAUCUGCAUAAAUGUAGCAACUUUGUUUACCAAAUGAGGGUGAUAGUCUUGGUUUUCUAAGCCUGCAUGCAUGGGCAGUACGUCUUCAUGGCUUCAUCUAUUACUAGUGAGACAAAAGUAACAGUACCAACGAAGUACCAAGUAUAAUUCUCUGGAAUGAACAUAUUUUUGGGUUUGCAUACUUGGAUCACUUGCUUGUCUGAAAUUUGAAAUAAUCAAGGAAAUUCUUGUUUAAUAUGGAAUCGAGGUAGCGGUGAAAUCCAAGGUUGUUGAAGUUUUCUGAUUGUUUUAAAUUACAAAAAAGGUAGGCCCUUUAGAUCCCUUGUUUUAACAAUACAGUUCAAAACCACUAAGCAAUCUGUUGACAAAAGUUGUAUGACUCUGUGAGCUCCUCAUGUGAAGGUCCAUUUCUGUUUUUAUCUGUUUUUUCCGUACCUAUAAAAAAUGGCAGAACCUUUAUUAUUAUAACAAAUGAAGAUGGCGAACAUUGGUACCCCUAUCAUUGUAGUUGUUCUGUUCUGGGGGUUGGCAGUUGGAACUCGAACAAAGCUGUUCUCUGAAGAAGAUGGGAUUGCUGUUUCGGCGUUGGCUCCAUCUGGUAGUGAUGGCAUUUGUGCAUCAAUGGUGGAAGCACAAGGCUAUCUUUGUGAAGAACACACAGUGACAACAGAAGAUGGCUACAUACUCGGUAUGCAGAGAAUUCCAGGGGGGAAGUCUGGGGCGACAUCAGGAAACAAGGUACCGGUUCUUCUACAACAUGGACUCCUCAUGGAUGGGAUAACAUGGCUGCUCCUACCUCCAGACCAAGCUUUGGCAUUCCUCUUGGCGGAUAAUGGGUAUGAGGUGUGGAUUGCCAAUACCCGUGGAACCCAAUAUAGCCUCGGCCAUACAUCACUCACACCUGAUGAUCCGGCUUAUUGGGAAUGGUCAUGGGAUGAAUUGGUGGCUUAUGACCUCCCGGCCACAUACCAAUAUGUGCAUAACCAAGCAGGACAGAAGAUUCAUUAUGUUGGACAUUCACUGGGAACUUUGAUUGCUCUUGGUGCUUUUUCAAAAGACCAGCUAGUGAACAUGUUGAGAUCAGCUGUCUUACUUAGCCCAAUUGCUCAUGUUGGUCAGAUGACCUCACCCCUUGCAAGAGCUGCUGCUGAAAACUUUAUUGCUGAGGCUUUAUACAAGGCAGGUUAUAGAGAAUUUAAUCCACGAUUAGAGGCAAUAAUCAAAGUUCUUAAUGCAUCAUGUGCGAAAUCAGGCGUUGACUGCACAAACCUCUUGACCUCUUUCACAGGCCAGAAUUGCUGCUUAAAUCCAUCUAUUGUACAAGUCUUUCUAGCUCAUGAGCCUCAGGCAUCUGCAACUAAAAACAUGAUCCAUAUCUCUCAGAUGAUAAGAGACGGAAAAGUUGCGAUGUUUGACUACAUUGACAAGGAUAAGAACCAAAAACAUUACGGGCAGGACACUCCUCCAGAGUACAAAAUGGCAAGCAUUCCGCAUGACCUUCCUCUCUUCCUCAGUUACGGAGGGGCAGAUGCGCUUUCUGAUGUCCAAGAUGUAAAGCUAUUGCUCAACAGCCUCAAAGAUCAUGAUGGAGAUAAGCUUGUGGUUCAGUACAGAGAUGAUUAUGCUCAUGCUGAUUUUGUCAUGGGUGAAACUGCUAAGCGAGAUGUAUAUGAUCCUCUCAUGGAUUUCUUUAAACUUCAGUGACAACAUUACUAGUAAUGCCAGUACUUUUUCUUUUCUUCUCUUUUUACCAACAAAAUUUAUACCAAAAUGUAAUAAUAGAGACAAUUAAAGUUUUGAGACAUGAUUUCUACCACAAUUUAAGGUUCAUUUGUUAAUUGCAAGUUAGUGAAGAUGUGAGAGCUAGACUUUUGCAA